GUCACGUCCGCUGAGUCCGCUGUAUGGCAUGUCGACCAAUGGAGCCCAAGCCUCGCUGGCGCCGCUUGCUGCGGCUGCGCCGCGACAAGAAACUCCGUGGCGCCGGCCCUGCUGUGCCGCGCGUGAGCGCACGCGCUGCAAUGAGAGAGGCGCUGGGACCCACCGAGACCUUUGAACCGCCGCCCUUGCCAUGUGGACAUUGCAUGCUAUCGCUGCGGAUGUCUGAUUCCAAUGAUGGCCUCGAGGAAUUGAAUGCUGAGCUUCGUUUCACCAAUGGAGAGAAGGCGGCCAACUUGCGCGGCAUGUACAUCUUCCGAGAGGAGAAUGGAGACUUCUUGGACUGCUGCGCGCGUGGUCCCGAAAGGCUCAAAGAUUUGGCGCCGGUGCUCUUCAACGAGUUCGGUCGUCCGAAGGAGGUGCUGAAGAAGCAGUGUGGGGUGCGCGCUCGCACCGGCGGCUUCCUAUGGCUCGUGAGCCUUGACGUGUCAGAGGAGUUGGAGUUGGACAUUCAGAAGGAAUUCAUUCAGAAGGUCUUCUGCGUUCUGGCCGGGGCGAUGAAGAGACUGACCCUGGUGCUAUGUCUUCAUGACAGUAUCGACCGUGUGCAACACAUGGAUCUUCACCCCAUGGAAAUCGACGGGCAGCAGGUCUUCUCUUGGGAGAAGCGUUCCUCGGAUCCCAAGGCCAUGGCCAUGGUGGCCUCGCAGGAGCGGCGCCUGCGGCCGCCCGAGGAGCCCAUGGAGCCCGAGCCGGCCACGACGCUGGAGGCGGUGCUUCCGCAGCCGCUGGAGGCUCCCCCUGCAGCGCCGCCGGACUUCCCCCCUGAAGCUCCGCCCCUGGUUGAAGCGCCACCGGCUCCAGAGACGGCGCCGGUUGCGGUGCCCACGGCUGCCACAGCCGCGCCGUCGAACUCGACGUCGAUGCCCAGUGCGCCGUCGAACGAGAUGACUCAAAGCUCUGCGUUGAUUUCUCCGGCGGUUCCGGCGGCGAACGCGCCUGGUACACCAAACAGCAUGGCCGGAAGUAUGGAGGAGUUCAGCGAUGUUGAGGGAAACACCUCCGUCCCAGCCUCUCCGGGCAGAGAUUUCCGAACUCGAUGGCGGAUGAAAGGCAAAGGUUCAGCGAACCGGAACGAGUUGCCGGCGGCGCAAAGUACUUCGCCACCACCUGCUGCAGCAGCCCCUGAAGCUGAGCCAACCAAAGCCGUCCCCGCCCCUGCUGCACCAGCACCGGCCGCGGCUGCGCCGGCACAAGCUUCCGUGGUUCCAAAGGCAGGCAAGGCGGUUGAAGUGAAGGGCAAAGGAAAGGUGAAGGGAAAGCUGAAGACCCCGCUGGCUGCGACAACCAAGCGCCGUUCCAGCGACAUGGAGCCGCCGCCCCUGCAUGCCGCCAUGCGGCGGCAACGGCGCGCCGUGUCCCUGGAGUCGGUUCGCCUUGAAGAGCCGCCGCUGCCGGAGGGUGCCCUGGAACGAACGCCCAGCACCUCAUCGCUGUCGCAGCGGAUGCAAUGGGCGCUGCUGCGGUCCGCCACGUGCGCGCAGAGGAUGUGGGCCAAGCAGAUGCAAAAGCUGGAAAAUGGACGUGCCGCAGUCGACAUCUGGCUCGGUGACGACCUCCCUGAGAAAUUUCAGGCGGGCGUCCACAAGGCCUUCAUUCGCGGCAUGGUGGAAGUGGCAUCGGCCGUGGAGCAUCUGCUGUGGCAGGGCAAGGAGCCCGCGUUGGCCACGCUUCACUCCGCCUUCCCCGCCAGCAUGGACGGGCACUAUGCGGCCAUGCAGCAGCGCAUGCUAGGUCUGCGGGUGCUAGAGGGACGACAGCGUCACAGCCUGAGCCACUUCUACGGCAAGGGCGGUCGCCUUGAGGACGUCCUGCGGCUGCUGCUGGUGGACGCUGAACGCUUCUGUCAGAAGCAGGACGCCAGCGUGCAAGACGUUGGCGAGGAACCGUCCAGCGCCUGGGCGGAGCGCUACGGCGCGCUGCCGCCGCGCGACGCCAGCGAGACCUGGGCGACGCUCAGCGCUGCGCUGGGCCUCGAUGCCGACGACGGGGAUGCCAAGCGGCGGCGGGUGGCGUAGGUCCCUGGCAACGGAGAAUUUCCUGAGUUUUUUGGAGGAUUUGCCAGUGAACUAAGUUCCAUCUUGAAUCGACACAGUUUCAGCCACGGAAUUUCCACUGCAAGAUUUGCC